AUGUCCAAGCCCGACGACUUCAGUCCCUUGGAAGCGAUUGAGUUCAUCUUCGUCGACGAUAAGCACCAGCCAGAACCAGUUUACAAAAAUUGUUUUGGUAACACCUUGGAACUCCAGGCAGCAAAAGCUCUUUUCAUCAACGAUGAUCCAGCGAAGGGAAUUCGUCCUGACUCUGAACUCCUUCCGGCAUUACAGCUGAUUGUUGUGGACACCCUCAUUGCUCCAAAUGCACAGGACACUAAUAAGGACGUGAAGACCAUCCAUCAACUCGUUGCCAUUGCACCUCUCACUGUGUUGAACACCAAGACCGACAGAAUGGUUCGUGUCAACACAAGAUCGACUGCAACUGCAAUGAGAGACACCAUCGCCACUGGAGUAAUGGGCCUUGGAUUUAGAUUUUUCCGGUUUUGUGCUAUCGACUUUAAACACGCGUGCAAAACGUGGUUCGAUAACUUCCCGCCUAAGGACGUGAAGACCAUCCAUCAACUCGUUGCCAUUGCACCUCUCACUGUGUUGAACACCAAGACCAACAGAAUGGUUCGUGUCAACACAAGAUCGACUGCAACUGCAAUGAGAGACACCAUUGCCACUGGAGUAAUGGGCCUUGGAUUUAGUCAUAUCUGCUAG